ACAUAACCUUUCUGUGUUGUGAUUGUGAAUUGUGAACAUGAAAGAAAUAGUCUUUUUUUGUGAAGUAAGAAGUAGAAAACAGUAGCAAAAAGUGUAAGUGAAGUUUCUCAAAAAAUCACCCUAAAUUCAUAGUCAUAUCAUUACAUUAGCCCGUCAAGAUGUCUGAACGGAAAGUUUUAAACAAAUACUACCCUCCGGAUUUCGAUCCAUCCAAAAUACCUCGCAUGAAAUUGCCCCGAAAUCGACAGUACACAGUGCGACUGAUGGCACCUUUCAACAUGAGAUGUGCUACUUGCGGUGAAUAUAUCUACAAAGGUAAAAAGUUCAACGCUCGUAAAGAAGAUGUAGAAGGUGAUGAUUAUCUUGGAGUGAGAAUCUAUAGGUUUUACAUCAAGUGCACUCGUUGUCUCCAAGAAAUAUCGUUCAAAACUGAUCCCAAAAAUGUUGACUACGAAAUUGAAGCUGGAGCAACUCGUAAUUUCAUGGCAUUAAAACUUGCUGAAGAGCAGGCCAAAAGAGAAUUGGAUGAGGCCAAAGAAGAAGAAGCAAACAACCCCAUGAAGAUGCUUGAAAAUCGAACGGAGCAAAGUAAACGGGAACUAGAACUGCUUGAGUCGCUUGAAGAUUUAAAGGAUUUGAAUCGUCGACAGAGGAGUGUUGAUUUUGAUACGCUAUUGCAAAAGUUUAAUACAAAAGAAGCCAGAGAAAAAAUCUUAAAAUUGCAAGAACAAGAAGAUGAGGAGUUCGUGAAAGCUGCAUUCCAGGAUAAAAAAAGGUGCAUUGAGGAAGUCAUUGAAAGUGACGACUCAAGUGAUGAUGAAGGAGCUCUUGUUAGUAAUCUACAACCGCCCCCACCAAAACCUGAGACAUUUAUUGCCAAACCUGCUGCAUCCCAGAAUAAAAAAAGGUGCACUGAGGAGGUCAUUGCGAGUAAUAACUUGAGUAAUGAAAUUGCAGCUUCCACCAGUAAUCUACCACUGCCCCCACCGAAACCUCAGACAUCUGCACCCAAACCAGCUGCUCAAUCCAUAGGUGUCAAAAGCUUGAAUAAAAAAUCCUUAAUGGGACUUGUCCGGCCCAAAAAGAAGUAAGUAAUCAGAGUAAAUCUGGAUUCGGACUCGUAUUUCCUGGGCUAUUGUGUGCCUGCACUAUCAUCGCAAGUAUUGUCAAUUAAUCAUUUUACCCUUGCUAUUUUCUCUCUUCAGAAUGUCUUAUUGGAUAAUCGUAGUGGUUAUUUUGUCAUCUAUUGUAUUACGUUGUUUUUUUGUCAUGACGAGCCUUGGAAGACUAUGUACCUGGUAAAGGCAGGUGUGAUGCUUUGGAGGUAUGGGAUAAAGUAGGCUAGAAAACCGAUCCAAAUUUAAAAGUUCAGCAGUCAUUUGAUAAGCCACAUGACUGUAUAAAUGGAUGGGUGUUUGAAGUCGCCAAAAUCUGAAAUACUACUGAUUUCAUCAGUUGAAAUACAGCUCCCACCUGCUGUGCAGACACAAAGCUGAUUGACAGGGACAGAUUCCGGGUUUGAGUCCAUCUGCAACCUAGUCUUCUCACUUUUAUAAAGUAAAUUUUCAACAUCAUAGUAUUCAACCUUUAUUGUUAUUGCCGGCAAAUAGGUGGCCUCUUUUCAUUUAUUCUACAAUGAAAACAUCAGAAGUUACGUCUGUUUAGUAGGCUUUUGUCAAUCUUCUAUGAAUAUGUCGUUUAUCAUAGCCCACCAAGAGUCUAGAUCGGCGUCCACCUGGCAAAUGCUGCCUCUCUUGACAAGGCAGUUAUCUUUAGUUUUGACCCUUUUCUUGUCCUUUCUGUAAAUGGAUUCUUUGUUGCUGCCAAGCUCCUGCUUUUCCUGUGAAUUGCCUAUGAACGUGCUGUUUCCAGGUAUGUAGUCCUCUUUGGACCGGUCCUCGAGUUCUUGAGCUAGUAAGAAAUGUAUUUGACCUUUGAAAAGGGAAAGUCUAAAAAAUAUAUUUCGUACAUGAUGGAUUUGUACAAGAGAGAUGUGUGGAUAUAUUUAUUCAUAAAUUGUUAAAUUCAGAUUGCUUUCUUUACCAUUGACUUGCUGAAAUAAGUUAGUGUACCCAUCAGACUUACUUUAGCUUUAUAUUCAUCGUUGUGAAGCAGAGGCUCUUAAAUUUCUCACAUCUGCUUAUUUCUACUGAUCAAUUGUGAAAAAUUUAUAGUUCUCUAUACGUUAGAGCUGUUUUAUAAAUAUAAAUUCCUUCAACCAA